AUGGCAGAAGCUGAGCCAAGCGAGUUAGAAUUGAAAAUUAUCAAACAAAUUGAGUCAUUAUCCACGGAUACAGAUGUCAUUAUGGCAGCUUUGAAGAAAUCAACAAACAAUGUCGUCGAGAUAAGUGAAGAUGGGCAGAGUCUUCAACGUAGUGCCGCUAACCCAAUUGAAAUUGUAACUGAAGACAAACGGGUGGAUAUGAAAAGUCGUACUGUAUACGUGAAAGGUUUUCCUCCAGAAACCUCAUUAGAACAAAUCGAAAAUUUCAUAACGACAUUUGGACAAGUAAAUUAUAUUAGAAUGCGAAGAUACAAGGACAGGAACUUUAAGGGCUCAAUCUUUGUUGAAUUCUGCAAGCAAGAAGAUGCUGUAAAAUUUGUCAACGGUGAAAACAUUACAUUUCAAGAAUCAGAGCUAGAAAGAUUGUAUCACCCUGAUGUUAAUAUCUGGAUGCAAUCAUUUACUAGAAAGAACUACUACGAGAAAAAACGCAAAGAGAGAGCCGAAACGAAGCUGGCAAAGCGUCUUACUGCUGGAGGACAACAGAACAACUCUGACGAUGAAGACGCAGAGAACGAUGAUCAAGAAGAAAAGGAAGAAGUGCCUGAUUACGAAAAGGGCUGUAUUAUGUAUUUCAAGGACGUCGGAGAACAAACAUCUCGUGAAGAUCUGAAGGAAAUCUUUGGAGAAUUUGAAAGUAUUAGUUUUGUAGAUUUUUCCCGAAAUGAUACUGAGGGCUACAUAAGGUUCACGGAAGGUGAUGGCGCCACACGUGCGAUUGAAAAAGUUAAAGAAAAAAAUGAUGGGAAAAUAGUCAUUCGUGACGUUGAGUCAACCGUAAAAGUUUUAGCUGAUGAUGAGGAAAAGCAAUACUGGAUCAAAUACAAUGCCGAUAGAGUAAAAAUGAAGGAAAAACGACGUAAGCGAAAGGUUAAUACUAGAAAGGACGGAAAUAAGAAGAGGUUCGGUAAAGGCCGUGGUAAGCGUGGCCGAACAAAUGAUGAUAAUGACGAUGAUACUGAGGAACCCGCUGCAAAGCAAGAAAAAACUGAAUAA